AUGAAACCUGUAGACCCUGCACUUCGAUGGAAGUCUCUUUACAAGGUCCUGAAUAAGCCGGGCCCUUCCAGCGAUGAGGAUUGGGUCCCUGGUCCAGAGACGAUAGAUGCUUUAGAAUCAUCAAAAGUCUUGGUUAUUGGCGCCGGAGGUCUAGGAUGUGACAUUCUGAAGAACCUUGCGCUGUCCGGAUUCAAAGACAUCCAUGUCAUUGACAUGGACACAAUCGAUAUUUCCAACCUGAACCGACAGUUCUUAUUCCGACAGUCCGACAUAGGAAAGCCUAAAGCCGAGGUUGCUGCAGCAUUCGUUGAGAAGCGAGUGAAGGGAGUUAAGAUUACCCCGUACGUGGGCAAGAUCCAGGAUAAAGAUGAAGACUACUACAUGCAGUUCAAGAUCAUCGUCUGCGGUCUUGACAGCAUUGAGGCCAGGCGGUGGAUUAAUUCGACACUGAUUGGAAUGCUUGAUCCCGAGAACCCUGAGAGCUUGAAGCCGCUUAUCGAUGGCGGUACAGAGGGAUUCAAGGGUCAAGCCCGUGUUAUUCUGCCCACUCUUUCAUCCUGCAUUGAAUGCCAACUCGAUAUGCACGCUCCUCGUCCCGCCGUUCCCCUCUGCACAAUUGCGACCAUUCCCCGACAGCCCCAGCACUGUAUUGAAUGGGCACACCAAAUUGCCUGGCAGGAGCGGCGCAAAGACGACACUUUCGAUAGCGACGACAUGGAGCACAUCGGCUGGGUUUAUGAGACUGCCCUCGAACGAGCGAAACAGUUCCACAUUCACGGAGUGACAUUCCAGAUGACACAGGGAGUAGUGAAGAACAUCAUCCCCGCCAUUGCCUCGACCAACGCCGUUAUCGCAGCCUCCACUACUUCUGAAGCAUUGAAGAUCGCCACAUCGUGCAACCCAUAUCUGGAGAAUUACAUGAUGUACGCUGGAGAAGAGGGUGUCUACACUUACACAUUCGAAGCAGAGAAGAAGCCCGACUGCCCCGUGUGCGGAAACCUUGCGCGCAAGAUGACUGUUGACUCGAAUAUGACGCUGGAGGCCUUCAUCGAAAGUCUUGGAGAGCGGGCCGAAGCGCAGCUGAAGAAGCCUAGUAUGCGGACGGAAGAGAAGACGCUCUACCAGCGGUUCCCUCCUCAGUUGGAGGAGCAAACGAGGCCUCACUUGAAGCUCAAGCUUAAGGAUCUGGUGACGAAUGGCCAGGAGAUUGCGGUCAGUGAUCCUGCGUAUCUGAUUGAUUUCCGGUACCAGUUGAUCUUCCAAUGA